AUGGCUUCAGUUUCUCACUAUUGCCUGGUAGUUCUGGUCUUUCUGGAUUCACAAGCAGCUCAGCCAUCCUGUCUGCCAGGAUGCAUUUGCUCAGAAGACAGUUUUGGCAGGGCUCUGCAAUGCACAUCUAUCUCUUUGGGAAAGAUCUCAAAGAAACUUCCUGAAGAGUUAAAGCAGUUGAGAAUUGAAAAUUCACCCUUAUUCGAACUGUCCCGAGGGUCCUUCAUCAACAUGAGCACGUUGGAAUACCUUUGGCUUAAUUUUAACAAUGUCACUGUGAUACACCUAGGAGCCCUGGAGCACCUGUCAGAACUGAAAGAACUGAGACUGGAGGGGAACAAACUCCGCUCAGUACCAUGGACAGCAUUCCAAGCCACCCCUCUUCUGAGGGUCUUGGAUCUCAAACAUAACAGGAUUGAUGUGCUCCCUGAGCUGGCUCUUCAGUUCUUGGUCAACCUGACUUACCUUGACCUAUCCUCCAAUAGGCUUACAGUUGUAUCCAAGAGUGUCUUCUUGAACUGGCUGGCCUACCAGAAACCCAAUCAGCCUGGCUAUGGAGCCAAGAUUCACUCCAGCUUGGUGCUGGCACUGCAUGACAACCCCUGGCUAUGUGACUGUCGCCUGAGGGGACUUGUCCAAUUUGUAAAGUCCAUCAGCAUCCCGGUCAUCCUGGUGAAUUCUUACCUGAUGUGUCAACACCCUCUCUCAAAAGCAGGGCAGCUUUUUCAUGAAACUGAGCUCAGUGUUUGCAUGAAGCCACAGAUCUCAACCUCCAAUGCCAGUGUCAUCAUCCCGAUGGGACAAAAUGUGACCCUGAGAUGCCUGGCACAGGCCAGCCCCUCACCAACCAUUGCAUGGACUUAUCCUCUGAGCAUGUGGAGAGAAUUUGAUGUGUUGACCUCAUCUACUGCAGAAGAUACUGCUCUGUCGGAGCUGGUCAUACCUGCUGCCCACCUGGUGGACAGGGGUAAUUACACCUGUGUGGCCUCCAACUCCAUCGGCAGGAGCACCCUUGUCAUCUCCCUCCAAGUUCAGCCUGCCCAGACACUGCCUGCGCCCCAUUCUCCCUUUUCCCCCUUGGAUGACAAUGCCUAUGUUGACCUGAGGGUCGUCAAGCAGACAGUGCAUGGGAUUUUGCUGGAGUGGUUUGUGGUGUCUAACACCCCUGAGGAGAAAUGGUUCACCCUCUACAUUGCAUCAGAUGAAAUGCUCAGGAAGGAGGUGGUCCACAUUGGCCCCGGAAUCAACACAUACGGCGUGGAGGACCUCCUUCCCAGCACGAAGUAUGAGGCAUGCCUCAGCCUGGGGGGCCAGCCCCCACACAGGGGCCGGUGUGUGGUCUUUGUGACGGGCAGAGACCAUGGCGAGCUGGAGGAACGGGAGCGCCUCCUGCACAUCACAGUGGUCCUGUGUGCUGUGCUGCUGGCAGUGCCUGUGGGAGCCUAUGUCUGGGCAGCCCAGGCCUCCUGCAGCUGCAGGGAGUGGGGUCUGCUCUGCUGUCCUCACCGCAGGAAGACUCCCAGGUGCCCCCGGGCAGCGCCACAGCACAGGGACUGCUCCUAUAGAGAGCACAUAGCUGUCUGUGAGGAUGGCCUGGGGCACAGAGACAAUGAAGGGGUUGAAGAGAAAGACCAAGAGGAAGACAGGGGCUGA